GCGGAAUGGUUCAAUCUAUCGACGACGUUGCCACUGCCUUAUUGACUGCACGCAAUAGAACAGGUUCAUUCACUUGUUACAAGUGUUGUGUCAUUUUAAGUAAAAUACAAGACACGUUCAAAUGGCAUCGGUACAUAAUUCUGGUGCACACAGACAUUGAAAUAAUAAACAGACAGCCGCGUGCGGGACCGACUGGCACGCUGUAGUGGGCAGCAGUAGGCUAUUUGCUUCACCAAGGAGCCUAUGGUUGAGGCGUUGGCAAGACAUCUGAAUGCUCUCUUUGGAGUGGGUGCACUGGUGCGGUGUGUGUCUUUGCUGACCCUGAAGAGACACUGAGACCCAAUUUACCUUACCCUACCUUCCCUACCCCCUCCCAACCUUACCCGCCAUACCCAUCCUUUUCCCCAAGCCCUCAGCUCCCUCCCUCCCUCCCUCCCUCCCUCCCUUGUCUCUCUCUCGGCCCGUUCCCGUGAGGCAGUGCCAGUGGACGGGGCCCCUGAUGAUCCUGUCUGCUGGCUGCAGUGACAGCCCAGCCACCCGCCCAGACUGGGGACAGCGAGCCGCGUCACAGACACCGCCACCGCCACCACUGCCGCCGCCGCCGCCAGCACUACCAGCAGCGUGCCCCAGCACCAGCACCAGCACGAGCCGCUCGGAGUCCCGGGAGACUGGCAGCACGGCCGACCUCUGACCUCUCCUCGGCGUGUGCGAUGCCCUCGCCCCCCGACAAUGGAGAGGGUGAAGGAACAUCCCCCGUGAACGUGCCGGCGGCGGCGGCGCUGGGCUACCAGAGCACGGAGACCAAGAGGAAGGUGGUACGCACCAAGAAGAAGAAGGGCACCAUCACGGCCAACGUGGCAGGAACCAAAUAUGAAAUAGUGCGUGUGGUAAUUAGGGAGAUGGCUUUCCUGAAGACCCGGGACGAGGACGAAACCGCAAACCUCAUCUGGAAUGACUCGGCGGUCCAACACGAAAAAAUUGCUGAGCUCAGGAACUACCAGAGAAUCAACCAUUUCCCGGGUAUGGGGGAAAUCUGCCGGAAAGACUGCUUGGCAAGAAACAUGUCCAAAAUGAUUAAAUUCCAGCCUCAGGAGUACAGCUUCGUCCCCAAGACCUGGAUCUUCCCGGCCGAGUACACCCAGUUCCAGACCUACGUCAAGGAGCUGCGGAGGAAGCGCAAGAAUAAGACCUUCAUCGUCAAGCCAGCCAACGGCGCCAUGGGUCACGGGAUCUCCUUGAUCCGCAACUGCGAGAAGCUUCCGAGCCAGGACCACUUCAUCGUGCAGGAGUACCUGGAGAAACCCUUCCUGAUGGAGGGCUUCAAGUUCGACCUGCGCAUCUACAUCCUGGUCACCUCCUGCGACCCGCUCAGGAUCUUCCUCUACAACGACGGCCUGGUGCGCAUGGGCACCGAGAAGUACCACUCGCCCAACGAGGGCAACCUGAGCCAACUGUACAUGCACCUGACAAAUUACUCUGUCAACAAACACAAUGAAAACUUUGAGAGGGAUGAAACCAUAGACAAGGGAAGCAAAAGAUCUGUCGCCUGGUUUUCUGAGUAUCUCCGGUCCAACGACUAUGACGUCGCCAAGUUCUGGAACGAUGUAUCCGAGCUGGUGGUGAAGACGUUAAUUGUGGCUGAGCCCCACGUGCUGCACGCCUACCGCAUGUGCCGCCCCGGCCAGCCACCAGGGAGCGACAGCGUCUGUUUCGAGGUGCUGGGAUUCGACAUCAUCCUCGAUCGCAAGCUCAAGCCCUGGCUCCUGGAGAUCAACCGCGCUCCAAGCUUCAGUACUGAUCAGCGGAUUGAUUAUGAUGUAAAGAGGGGUGCGCUUCUCAAUGCCCUGAAACUACUCAACAUCAGGGCGAGUGAUAAGAGGCGUAACCUGGCCCAGCAGAAGGCGGAGGCCCAGCGGAGGCUGUACGGCCACGGCUCCAUGAAGCGCCUGUCGGCCGGCUCGUCCGAGCGCGAGAGACAGCGGCACACCCUCGAGCGGCGCCGAGAGGAACUGAAAGAGAGGCUGGCGCAGGUUCGUAAGCAGGUCUCCAGGGAGGAGUAUGAGAAGAGGCACCUGGGGAACUACAGACGUAUUUACCCCCCAGAUGACAAGCUGCUCUUGGAGAAGUAUGAAAGCCUGCUCUCAGCUGCCUUUCAGAUAUUUCUCGCCGGGCGGGCGGCCUCACUUCAAAAGGAAAUGAAUAAUCCGCUGAAACGAAUGAAGGAGGAGGACAUUUUGGAUCUGCUGGAACAGUGUGAGCUGGAUGACGAGAAGCUAAUGGGCAAGACUUCGCGUCAAAGAGCGUCGAAGGCCCUGUGCUCCAUGCCAGAGAGCAGCCAAACGCCGCGUCAGCAGCGGGCUCACAGCACCAGCAGCAGCGGCUCCAGCGACGCGGCCCACACCAGCUCCUCCGGUGAGGAAGACGAGGAGGAGGAGGACGCCGUCGAUGCAGACGCAGAGGCCGACUUCUCCAAGGAGGACCCCCUGCAUCACCAUCACCACCACCACCACCACCACCAGGCCAAGAAGGUCUCCUACGACUUGGGGCACACCAGGCAUAAGUCCUCCGAGCGUUCCAGUCGAGUGCAGGGCAAGCCUCCUCUCAAGACGGUGCGUCUUCGCUACGCGGCCUCUCCCACCCUGACCGGCCCCAUCCGGCGCUCCGUCUCCUGCCCGCGCUCCAUCUCCUCCCUGACCGCCCAGUCGCCCACCAACGACCAGCGGGGCAUCUCCAGCAAGACCCCUCCCCCCUCAGCAUCCGCAUCCUCAGCAUCAGCAUCAGCAUCAGCAUCAGCAUCAGCAUCAGCAUCAGCAUCAGCAUCUUCCACGGCGUGGUCCUCGGCAAGCCAGCGGCCCAGCACGGCCUCGCGCUCCCACUCCCUCAGCCGCAGCGGCUCCCAGCCCCCCCGCGUCCCCCACAGCAGCAGCCUGGGCACCAUCCACGCCAGCAUGGUCUGCUCCGGUGAGUCUCUGCUGAACAUGAAGAGUAAGGAGCAGGAGGCGGAGCUGACGCGGCAGACGCUGGCGGCCCUGAACGAGAUGCGCAUCCGCUUCCCCGGCAAGACAGAGGAGGACGCCGAGCUGCUGCUGGAGGAGAUCCUAGACAACUGGAAGUAUCAUAAACCAAAGGUGGCCUCUUACUGGUUGGUGAAAUUGGACUCCACCAAACAAAGAAAGGUUCUGGACAUUGUUCGCACCAACGUGCGCUCGGUGCUGCAGCGGGUCUGGCGGGAGCCCGACGUGGAGAGUUUACACUUAUACCGCCUUUUCAGCCGCGUCUUCACACGCCUGCUCUGGAGCCACGGCCAGGGCCUCUGGAACUGCUUCUCCAGCUCCGGCAUGUUCAGCUCGUCGUGGGAGUGCAUCUUCAACCGUGGCAGCGAGGUGGUGACGACUCAGGAGCUGCACUGCUGCAGGCGGGUGGUGCAGCUGUGUCGCGACUGCCUGCUGGUGGUCUACAAGUUUGUCCAGGACUCCCGCGGCACCAUCCCCGGCCUCAGCUCCGAGUGGGAGGACACCAGGUAUCUGGUGCCAGUCACGUCCCAGUUCAUAAUCAAGUGGCCUUCCUCCAGCCUUGGCCGCGUCUCCUCGGCCAUGCCUCGCUCCCGCAGUCUCUUCACCACCAGGAUGGGCCACUUCUGACCUCCUGCCUGACCCCAGCUGACCCCACCCCACCCCACCCUACCCGCCCGCUGGCUGGCUCCAACAGCUCCCCUCUCUGCUGCAUCCUGGACCCCAGGAGCGAGUCUCCACAACGCUCCACAACUCCUCUGUGCCCCCCCAUUGUCAUCCCUCCUCCCCCUGCCCAGGUCACUUAGUGUUGCCUAGACCGCUCCCCUACACUCCUCUCUGCUCCUGCCCAUCUACCUCCUAGCUACUCCUCUCCUGUCCUGCACUCUCUUGUCCCUGCACUGUUCAAUCCUGCCCCCCUCUGUUCCUGAAUGUCUCCCCUCCCAUGUCCUGCCCAAGGCAGCUCAGCUCAGUUCAGAUCAGCUCCGCUCCCCCAGUGCGGGCCAGGAGCCUGUGCCACAGGAGCAUAUGGGAGAGAUUUGCCUAGCCAUCGGGAUACCGCACCGGUUCGUUUGAGACUAUUAGCUCCCCGUGCCAGCCCUCGAGUGACCAUGCUCGGUACCAGCUGGGUAGCAUCUCCCUCCAUGCCCAUCUCUCCUCUCCUCCUCUCCUCCUCUCCUCCUCUCCUCCUCUACUCUGUCCAGCUUGUACAGUUCCAAGUCAUGAUACUGUAAAGAAGCAACACAAUGUGAAAAAACAACAAUGCAUUAAUUUAUUCUGAGGUUUAAGACAUCUUGAAAAACAAAAGACAUACGUUUAUGAAUGCUUUAGUGAUGUGUAGAUGGAAUGGUGUGAUAAAGUAAUUCCUUAGAGGAAUAAGCUGUAGAAGAGAUUGAAUUUUAUUUAUAUUAGUGUAUGGAAACAUUUUCAGCGUUUUUAAUUUAUUGAUUGUUUGUUUGUUUUUUAAGAGUAUGUCCAUAAGAUUUUUUUAUGUUAACGUUAUCGUCAUGUUAGAUUGCACUAUUUGCCAAGAGCAUUUAAGACCUAUCCAUUGACCUCUAAUUUAAAUCCAUAAUAUAUUGUGUUACGAGGGGGAACAGGGAGUAGUUUAGCAAAUGGGGCGAGGUUUCCCCUCCAUAUCGGAAAUGCAUUUGUCAUGAAAAACAAAACAAAAACAACAAAAAAACGACGUAAAAAAAGGGAAGAAAAGAGCAAAGCUGUCAGUUUGAUAGAAGACACGUUUGAAAGAAGAAUGCUUUGCAGCCAUCCAGUGAGGAACCAAAAUGAACUCUGUGGAUGAGGAUACUGCUUUGAAUAUGCACCCCAUUCCCUCCCACCAUCUCUCUCUCUCUCUCUCUCUCUCUCUCUCUCUCUCUCUCUCUCUCUCUGUCUCUCUCUCUCUCUCUGUCUCUCUCCCGUCCCUCCCUCUGGCUGUCUCCAAAGCCUCUCUGCAGCUGAUUGCAUCACUGCUGCCUGCAUGACCAGUCUCAGCCCCUUUCCCCUGCACCCAGUGUCAACAGACUGAAAAGGAUCUGCUUACUUGAAUUUUGUGUGAUUUGUUUUUUUUCCUUUCCACGGCAGAGUGUCUGCUUACUUGAACUUUGUUUUGUUCACAAAAGCAUUUGCUAUGGUUUUAGUUUUUUUGUUUGUUGUUGGGUUGGUUUGACAAGGCAUUGUUAUUACUGGUGUUGCUCUUAAGUAUUUAUGGUACAGUAUUUUUUGGAAUAUGGCGAUAUGCCUUUUCUGCAGGUAGAAUGUCAUAUUUACAUAUGGCACUGAACUGACGUAUAGGAUAUUAACGUCUGCAAUUUUUUUGCAGUGAAUUUGACAGUGUUUACUAUUUAAUUUAACCUUGAGUUGAGUUUCUAAGGAACAGAAAUGGUCAUCAUUGUGCCAAUCAAAAAAAAACCUUCAUCCAAUCAGUUAAGUUGGUGUAUUAGUUUGCGUAUUUUUAAGAAAAAGGUUAAACAGCCGGCUACAGCAGUGAGUUCUACCGCGUGUGGUGUGGUGUGCGUGUCCCCAGUGUGGCCGACCUCAUCUUUUUACGAGAGUGGAGCACUUACACGUUUAUGCAGCCCCGUCAUGGAGUGCCCUCCUCUUCACAGCUCCUGGUUGAUAGCUAGCAGCUGGUUGUAAAGCGGCAGAGCGAACCAUGAUGCCGACCUUGUGUGAAAAGAUGAUUACGAGGAAUACUUUACUCCCACAACCCCGUUUUCCUGAUCUCCUUAGCCUCAUUUUACCUUGCCAAACUCUUGUUUUGCCAGGUUUAUUUUGUUUUCUUUUGUUUUGUUUUUUGGUUGUUACCAAGGUUUUUUCCGAAGUUUACAUAGCAAUAAAAUGCUUAAGACACCCCUGA